UAGGGUGCGCUCUCAUAUUUCUCACAUUUUCGUAGCCGCAAGACUCCUUUCAGAUUCUUACUUGCAGGUUAGAUAUUUUCUCUCUUUAGUGUCUCCGAUCUUCAUCUUCUUAUGAUUAUUGUAGCUGUUUAGGGUUUAGAUUCUUAGUUUUAGCUCUAUAUUGACUGUGAUUAUCGCUUAUUCUUUGCUGUUGUUAUACUGCUUUUGAUUCUCUAGCUUUAGAUCCGUUUACUCGUCGAUCAAUAUUGUUCCUAUUGAGUCUGAUGUAUAAUCCUCUGAUUAAUUGAUAGCGUUUAGUUUUGAUAUCGUCUUCGCAUGUUUUUUAUCAUGUCGAUCUGUAUCUGCUCUGGUUAUAGUUGAUUCUGAUGUAUUUGGUUGGUGAUGUUCCUUAGAUUUGAUAUACCUGUUGUCUCGUGGUUUGAUAUGAUAGCUCAACUGGUGAUAUGUGGUUUUGUUUCAGUGGAUCUGUGUUUGAUUAUAUUGUUGACGUUUUGGUUGUUGUAUAGUUGAUGGUUGAUGUAUUUUUGUUGAUUCUGAUGUUUCGAUUUUUGUUUUUGUUUUGACAGCUAUGGGUAAAGAGAAGUUUCACAUUAACAUUGUGGUCAUUGGUCAUGUUGAUUCUGGAAAAUCGACCACAACUGGUCACUUGAUCUAUAAGCUUGGUGGUAUUGACAAGCGUGUCAUCGAGAGGUUCGAGAAGGAGGCUGCUGAGAUGAACAAGAGGUCCUUCAAGUACGCAUGGGUGUUGGACAAACUUAAGGCCGAGCGUGAGCGUGGUAUUACCAUCGAUAUUGCUCUAUGGAAGUUCGAGACCACCAAGUACUACUGCACAGUCAUUGAUGCCCCAGGACAUCGUGAUUUCAUCAAGAACAUGAUUACUGGUACCUCCCAGGCUGAUUGUGCUGUUCUUAUCAUUGACUCCACCACUGGAGGUUUUGAGGCUGGUAUCUCUAAGGAUGGUCAGACCCGUGAGCACGCUCUUCUUGCUUUCACCCUUGGUGUCAAGCAGAUGAUUUGCUGUUGUAACAAGAUGGAUGCCACCACCCCCAAAUACUCCAAGGCUAGGUACGAUGAAAUCAUCAAGGAGGUGUCUUCAUACCUGAAGAAGGUCGGAUACAACCCUGACAAAAUCCCAUUUGUGCCAAUCUCUGGAUUCGAGGGAGACAACAUGAUUGAGAGGUCAACCAACCUUGACUGGUACAAGGGACCAACUCUUCUUGAGGCUCUUGACCAGAUCAACGAGCCCAAGAGGCCAUCAGACAAGCCCCUUCGUCUUCCACUUCAGGAUGUCUACAAGAUUGGUGGUAUUGGAACGGUGCCAGUGGGACGUGUUGAGACUGGUAUGAUCAAGCCUGGUAUGGUUGUUACCUUUGCUCCCACAGGGUUGACCACUGAGGUUAAGUCUGUUGAGAUGCACCACGAGUCUCUUCUUGAGGCACUUCCCGGUGACAAUGUUGGAUUCAAUGUCAAGAAUGUUGCUGUCAAGGAUCUUAAGAGAGGAUACGUUGCCUCUAACUCCAAGGAUGAUCCAGCUAAGGGUGCCGCCAACUUCACCUCCCAGGUCAUCAUCAUGAACCACCCUGGUCAGAUUGGUAACGGUUACGCCCCAGUUCUCGAUUGCCACACCUCUCACAUUGCAGUCAAGUUCUCUGAGAUCUUGACCAAGAUUGACAGGCGUUCUGGUAAGGAGAUUGAGAAGGAGCCCAAGUUUUUGAAGAAUGGUGACGCUGGUAUGGUUAAGAUGACCCCAACCAAGCCCAUGGUUGUUGAGACUUUCUCCGAGUACCCACCUUUGGGACGUUUCGCUGUUAGGGACAUGAGGCAGACCGUUGCUGUUGGUGUUAUUAAGAGCGUGGACAAGAAGGACCCAACUGGAGCCAAGGUCACCAAGGCUGCAGUGAAGAAGGGUGCCAAAUGAUGAGACUUUCGUUAUGAUCGACUCUCUUAUGGUUUUCUUUGGUUCUUAAAACUUUGAUGGCGUUUGAGCCUUUUUCUUUUUUCUCUUUAUUUCUGUGACUUUCUCUCUCCCUCCUUUUUGGAUAUCUCUGAGACUUUUUAUUAUGGUUUUCAAUUAUGCAGUUUCCGGAUAAUUUUGCUUGAAACUUAUUUAGGAGUUGUGUUACAAAGUUGCUGUCUUUCUUUGUUCUUGUUUAAACAAUCAUUCAGAGAUCAACCCAACCAUACUUAGCGUUUUAAGAUCUAUGUAAGAGAUAGGGUUCUAUAGUUUCGUUAGAAUUAACUUGUGCUUAGUGUUUUCUGACAA